AGGAGAGUAUCAGCUGUGACACUAACGCAUCUAAUCUCCAAUGUUUGAUAAUUGAUGACUGUAACUCUCUUACAUUCUUAGGAGAGUUACCUGCUUCCCUUAAACGUCUGGUUAUCACACAUAUGGUUGUCAUGUAUCCCAUAAUUGGUACAGUGGGACAAGGUACAAGGUUAGAGUCAAUAGCUGAAAGGUUGGACAACAACACAUCUCUUGAAUCUAUUGAAAUCAGGUAUCUUCAAAAUCUUAAUUCUUUACCAGAGAACUUGCAUAUGCUCUCCAAUCUCCACCAUAUUUGGAUAUGUCAAUGUCCACAUCUCAUUUCUUUCCCUCAAGGAGGAUUGGCCAUCAUCCAUCUGAAAAGUGUUACAGUUGAAGACUGCGAGAAACUCGAGACCCUUCCUGAUAACGUGCGCAAUCUCACAUCUCUUCAAACAUUGAUUAUAAUUAAUUGCGCAAGUUUUGUUUCUUUCCCUCAGGGAGGGUUGCCCAUCAAUCUAGAAACACUUGAAGUUGAAUCAUGUGAGAAACUCGAGGCCCUUCCUAAUAACAUGCACUAUCUCACAUCCCUUCAAGAAUUGACAAUGAAGAAUCGCCCAGGCAUUAUAUCCUUUCCAGAAGAAGGUUUCCCCACCAACCUGACUUCACUUUGUAUUAUUAAAAACGUCGAGAUCUGCACUGCUCUGUUUAAUUGGGGUUUGCACGGGCUCACCUCUCUCAAGAAGCUCGGUAUUACUGGCAGAUGUCCUGGUGUGGUGUCCUUUCCACAGGAUGAGAUAGAUAUGAAUUUGCCUACCUGUCUCACCAGCCUUACAGUCUCGAAGGAUUCGAAGAUCUGAAAUACCUUUCUAACAAAGGUUUUCAAAGCCUUGCCUCACUUGAAUGUCUGAGGAUCGAGAGAUGCCUUAAGCUUGUCUCCUUUCCAAAGUAUGGUCUGCCUCCCUCUCUUCUGGAAUUGUAUAUCUACUGCUGCUCUCUACUUGAACAAAGGUACCAGAAGGGUAAAAAGCAACAGUUGUCAGAAUUAGCCCGCAUUCCAUUUGUGGAAUUUGAAUAGUACACAAGUAAAUCAAUUUUGAAAGAACUCGAGCUACAUUAUCAAUUUUCAUGAUGCAUACUUCUUUUCUUUAUUUUUUCUUUUUAAUUUAUUUCUUUAACGUCUGCAGAUUUAUAUAGUGGCAGUGAAGAGGGAGAAUUGGGGUUUGAAAGCUUGAGCUUAAUCCGGACCAAUUGAAGGACUGGAAAAACGUUAUUCAUUUCUACACAACUAAGAUAGCUUUUAAGUUUUGAUUCUCCAAUCUCCAAGGCCAAGAAGCUCAAGGCCUGACCAAAGAACUAAAAAUAACAAGUCAUCCUGGCAUCAUCUCUUCUCAUCAAUAUCCCCCUUUCAUCGAGCAAAAAGUACCAUAUCAAGACUCUGGUGAAUUGUAUAUAUUGCUGAGUUCACAAGAAUUUUUCUGUAUUGUUCUGUUGCAUCACUGCAAAAUGUACUAUCAUAUUGGUCACUUGCAGAAGUUUACCCUUUUGCUUCUCUUCAACACUCGAUGAUCAGUCAUAGAAAGGAAAAUUUUCCCCUUUCUGCAGUGCUUUUGCCCUGAAUUUGUCUUGCUCCAUUUUCAGCGACCAAUAUUGAAGAUUAUAUCAUAAUGGUGUUCAAAACAUGAACUUCAGAAAAAUGACAUUUUAGAAAAUGGGAAAAUUAACAAAUAUGAGACAGUUUAGUGUCUCAUGUUGGUACAGCAAUGGCUCUAAAAUUCUUUGUUCAAUAACUCCAGCAAGUACUUGGUCUACGUAUCACUUUUUCUGGAACUUUGGCAGACACAUCGACCCAUCAUUGAAAAAUCCAAUAAGCAUUAAAGAGUUAAAAUUAGAUGAAUUAUUUACCAACUCAGUCAUAAGCUGUGCUCUGUUCAAAGCAUAAAAUCCUUCUCUUCUCUGCAGCUUCCUUAA